GAGUGAGUCUCAACCUAGUGUGCACACCCAUUCAGUUCCGUCAAAUGCCAGCACAAAGCAAACUUGAUAUCCUUUUGAAGUGGUUCGACGACAAUGACAUUGAAUGGACAAAGGAUUUGAUCCAAGUCAAAGACGUCAAAAAUUCUCUUGGAGUAUUUGCAAAGACUAAUAUCGAGGAAGGUCUUCCCGUUGUAAAAAUACCCAAACUGUGCGUUUUAUCACCCAAGACAACAGGCAUAGCGAAUGUUUUUGAAGACGAACACAUUGAAGGUGGUUGCUCGUUGGCCCUUGCUGUCAUGUAUGAGAUCGCUCAAGGCGAGGACAGUCCAUGGUACGGUUACCUUCAAGCUUUGCCAUUCAAGGAGGAUUUGCCAGUGUUCUGGUCCGAAGAUGAACAAGCUCUCCUCCAGGGAACUGAAAUGGAAGAAGCUUUGAAGCAUGACAAGGAUGAUCUCCGGGACGACUAUGAUAAUAUUGUAAAGCCCUUGUUUGAAAAGUACCCCUACAUCUUUCCCAAAGAUCACGUAGAGAAACAUUACGACUUUGAUUCAUUCUGCAAGAUAUCCACAUUAGUAUCAUCACGUGCAUUCGAAGUCGACGCAUACCAUGAAAAUGCUAUGGUACCAUUUGCCGACAUCUUUAAUCAUAGAAGCGGCGACGAGCACGUUCAUUUUGAAACCGAUUUCGACGUUUGCGAUGCUUGUGGUGCCUUGGAAUACUGUGAACAUCGUUUCCUCAACGGUGAUGAAUCGGAUGAUGAAGACGAUGGUUGGGAUGAUGUAGAUGAAGAUGCUGAAGAGGAUAUUGAAGAAAGCGAAGGAGAGGAGGACGAAGAAGAAGAGGAAGAUGAUGAUGGUGAAGAGUCCGACCAGGAAUUACAAGAUUUAGAAACUCUGGAGAAAGAAGGCGUUGACUUUUAUUCAGACGACAAUGAAGAACCUGAAAAAGACACUUGCGACUUGGUUAUGGACCGAUCUGCCAAGAAGGGAGAAGAACUUUUUAACACAUACGGCGAACAUCCCAACGUCGUUCUGCUCAGCAAGUAUGGCUUUUGUGAAGAAAACAAUGCCAAUGACUUUGUCACAGUCGAUGAAGAUAUGGUGAUAGAUAACUGCGUCGACCUUUUGACCAAGGUGUUGAAGGAGAAGGGAAUCAAAGCCACUGAAGAAGAAGUCAUCAACUACGUUCGUAUGCGCUGGGAGUUUUUCAUCAUGAACGAGAGCACUUUUAUUCCUGAUGAAGACAGCGAAGAUAUGCCUGAAGACGGCCACGAAGGAGAUGGAUGUGGAUGCGGCCACGACCACGGUAGUGGCGACGAACAUGGAGAAAGUCACGACCAUGGACACAGUCAUGGACACGAUCAUGGACACGAUCAUGGACAUGAUCAUGAACACGACCAUGAACACGAAGGAGGAGAAGGAUGUUGCGAUCAUGAUCAUGGUGACGAAGAAGAAGAAGAAGACGACGAAGAAGAAGAGCCAUAUCGCCCACGCCCUUAUCGCCUGCUUCAUGACGGCACAUUUGAGGACAGUCUCAAACUUUUACUACACAUUGUAUUCGUGGAUGAACAAAUGUUCUCCAAGUUUUUAGAAAACAUCGAGAUGGCUAUGGGAUACUUUGCCGAAUUAGCGGACAGCGAACAGAAGCCAAAAUCACCAGCCAAGAAAAAUAAGAAGUCCAACAAGAAGAAGCCUGUUGAUAUCUUUGCCAACGUUAAACGCAAUGUCAACCAAGUUCUACAACAGCUCGUACUUAGCCGACAAAAGGCAUACAGUGAGCCCAAGGCUGACGGUGACGUAAAGAAGCUCAAAGCCGAGACCAACCAACGCAAACGAUAUGCAUUGAUGUGUCGAAUCAGUGAGAAACAAAUCCUCGAGCGUGGUCUUGUCAGCUAUUCAUCAUAAUACGUUCUUUAAUUCUUUUCACUUAUUACAUAAACUUCUUGUGUCAUCCUUUGAACAUGACUUCACAUGUCAAACACAUAACCGGACCUUGAAAUUUUCGACGCUUUUGUCUCC